AUGGAGGCCGACUCAGUACACAACCGCUACCGCUCUCGCAUUCUGCGGGAAAUGAACGCAAACCGCGACAAUCCAUUCAACUCCCCGCCUUCCUCGACGGGCUCCCACGGCACCGUCAGCCCAACCAUGUCCUCCGUCUUCUCAGAACCCGACGGAGAAUCCACUCGCAGGCUCAACGAAGACAUUGCUCGCAUCAUCGGUCCUACCGGUGGGAAGAUUCAAGUCGACUUGGAUGCUGCCCACAGCAAGUGGCCCGAAUUCUAUGGCAAGCCCAAGGCCAACGUCGAAGCAAAACAGAACCGCCCCGCUCCCAAGCCCACGGGCUCAUUGCGUCACAAGGACACCGUUUCCCACAAGGCUAUCGUCCAGAAGUAUCUGUCCAACAUGGACGACGAUGACUCGACGGACAUGACUUGGCAGGGUUCUAAGCGGACGCGUGCUGAAAUGCAGCCCCGCGUCGAGGACAACGAGUCUGACAUG